AAGAUCAACUACAGCAUUCACAACUAUACCCCGAAGGUAGGAGAGUAUGAAACUCGGAGAGCCAUUCGCCGAGCGUUCGAUGUCUGGCAGAAGGUCACUCCAUUGACUUUUGAGGAAAUUCCUUACCAUGAGAUUAAGAGUAACAGAAAGGAAGCAGAUAUUAUGAUUUUCUUUGCCUCUGGUUUCCAUGGUGACAGUUCCCCGUUUGAUGGAGAAGGUGGAUUCUUGGCACACGCUUACUUCCCUGGGCCAGGAAUUGGAGGUGAUACUCAUUUUGACUCGGAUGAACCCUGGACAUUGGGCAAUUCCAAUCAUGAUGGAAAUGACCUGUUCCUGGUGGCAGUGCAUGAAUUAGGCCACGCCCUAGGCCUGGAACAUUCCAAUGAUCCCAGUGCGAUCAUGGCUCCCUUUUAUCAGUACAUGGAUACUGAAAACUUCAAACUACCACAGGAUGAUCUACAGGGCAUCCAGAAGAUUUACGGUCCCCCGACUGAGAUCCUGGAACCUACAAGACCCCUGCCGACCAUCUCCGCUCGCAGGAUUCACUCCACCUCCGAAAGGAAACAUGACCGACAAUCCCGACCCCCUCGGCCCCCUUCUGGGGAGAGACCUUCCUACCCUGGCUCCAAACCCAACAUCUGCGAUGGACAUUUCAACACAGUGGCUUUGUUCCGAGGGGAAAUGUUUGUCUUCAAGGAUCGUUGGUUCUGGCGCCUUCGCAAUAACCGAGUACAGGAGGGUUACCCGAUGCAGAUCGAGCAAUUCUGGAAAGGACUCCCAACCCGUAUCGAUGCAGCAUAUGAAAGAUCAGAUGGAAAAUUUGUUUUCUUUAAAGCCUCACCUCCUGUCUCUCUGCAGUACUACAACUAUAAGGCAAUGAUACAGGCCAGGAAGUGGUACUGGAGGUAUAACGAAGAGAAGCAAGCAUCAGACCCUGGCUACCCAAAACCCAUCACCAUCUGGAAGGGAAUUCCCGAGGCACCUCAGGGUGCCUUUGUGAGCAAGGAAGGAACGUACACGUAUUUUUACAAAGGAAAACAGUACUGGAAAUUUGACAAUCAGAAGUUGCUUGUGGAGCCUGGGUAUCCGCGCUCCAUUGUCAAGGACUGGAUGGGAUGCAAUCACAAAGAUGUCAACACAAGCAAAGACCGUCGUCGGCCCAAUGACGAUGUAGACAUCAUGGUCCAGAUCAAUGACGUUCCCAGCACAGUAAAUGCCAUCGCUGUAGUCAUCCCUUGUAUCCUGUCCCUCUGUAUCCUGGUAUUGGUUUACACCAUCUUCCAGUUCAAGCAGAAAGGCUCACAGCAGAACCUGGUGUCCUGCAAACGCUCAGUGCAAGAGUGGGUCUGA